UGGACAAUGGGUGAUCACGUGACUGGAGUUCCCCACCCGGGAUCUGGGUAAACCCACCCGUCCUCCCACAACUGACGCAGGGGAGGGAAGCCAUCAGUCAAUACGUUCUAGCGGCAUCAACAUGGGCAACACGACAGGACAUGGUGAAAAGCUGUCCGCUCACGAACCCUCGGUUUUGCUGGAAGUUGAGGACGUGAACAAGAGGACGCUGGGGAAGCUGAUCAUCAAGACUGUCGGCCACGAAGGUACAGAGACAGACGAGGAGGGGACGUAUCUACGGCGACAGAUCCAAGCCUGCAUCUCUAACCUGGAGCAUCACAAGCCUGCCUUGUGGAAGGAUGCGAGGGUGUCGUUCUAUGGCCUCCAGGGUCAUGAAUACGUCAUACAGUCGGGUGGAGGUCGUCAUCGGUUUGUGGUUUUCCUUGAUGCCAAAGACGAAGUUACUUUGACAAAACGGAAAUGAGAAACGCUUGAACACAAGGGUAUAGUCGUUGUGGUCUAUAUAGACCGCUCUGUGCUUGAAGUGUUACAUUGAUAUGCUUGGUAAAGCUGAUCCGUUCACAGUGAUCCACAGUGAUCCACAGUAACCCAACCUACUUUUUAACAAAGAGUUGCAAGACGCCUUCGAAAGUUUCGUAGAACGAGCAAGCUCGACUGUGCCCUGACAAUUUUGAAAUGUAGACACCAAACGGUACAGUUCUUUCGCGAUUCAUAUGCACAAAGAGACGGAUUAGCACGAAGGGGGGUACGAUUGGUGCCCAUUGCCCUACAUGUCCAAUUCCCAAUUUUCGCAGAGAUAUCAUCAAUGAGGAAUUAUUACAUUACAUUAUUAAUAAAAUUAUUCCUCUUAGAAUUUUAGAAUUCCAAGAAAAUGACUACUACCCCUAUUUUGAAGUAUCUUGUAUUUAACUACCAGCAUUAAACUACACUCA